AUGGCUGUCCCCUCCACUCACGAAGCUGCUUUAGCAGACGGAGAUGGAGACUUUGUGCGCGACUCAUACCUCGCCUACGUCGUACCGCUGGCCACCGACAGCCGACUCGAGCAGGACCUCGAGCUAUGCGCCAGCAAAGGCGAGUCGCUGCAGGCCUUGAUCGAGGGGAUCGAGGACCGAGAGUCGCUUUUCUUUGAUGAAACCGUCGAUGUCUACUUAAUAUUGCGAACACCAUACCAAAGCGACCCGCAUCUACGGAACUACCUCGAGCGCCUUGCAAUCGUCCUCGAAGCACAGAUCCUCAACAGCCACGUCUCUGGGCGCGAUGCAACACCACCGGUCGUUGAGACCAUCUUUAACGGCGCUGUGGAAAACAUCGACGAGCCGCUUGCUAUUGUUAGCGAACCGGGCGUUGCGUCCGGCCGAAAGACCACCGACGCAAAAGGGGGCAGCGACGAGGAGAGCAGCGAGAGCGGCGAGAGCGGCGACGACGAUGAUACCCAGCUGCAGAAGACGGGAGAAACGGCAGAGGAUGAAGGUGUGACGCGGCAGACGUACUGCGUGUGGAAACUGCCCGUGUUUCUAGCACGACCGCGUACAAGGCUCCACGGGCCAUCCGUCUCGUUUUCAGCUGUCGCAAGCUUGAAGCCGGUGUCGGCGGUGGCCGCCAAGGCAAGCGCGGAGGGCAAUGGGUCGCUUGCUCCGUAUGGCGAUGCAAACGGCUUGCUGGGCGGCUUGACGCCGUCUGGGCGCAUGGCUGGCUACUUGCAAAGCCGCGAGCCCAGCGGGCUGAACCUGCUCGAGUCGUUUGGCGGUGACCCAGCAUUGGCUGGCGCAUGGCCCCGGCUCUCGGCACAGCGCGUAUCCCGUGUCGCGCCGGCUGCUGCGGCCAUGAACCCGCGCUUCCAUCCACGGCCACUGCGCGGCAUCAAGUCCAUCGCUUUCAACAUCUUCCCUGCCGUGCACACGCGUGUGCGGUUCGCGCGCCCCAAUGCGGCGCCUUCGAGUCCGGCCGUCGUCGCGAUGCUGGAGAUUGAUUUCACGCCAUUUUUUGACUGCGAGGCCGUCCUGUCCAGUAUUAAUAUAUCGCUCCCGUCGGGCGAGAUCACCGACCUUAAUACGGCCGACGGCCUAGCCCUGCCACUCUACUGCGUGGCACGCGACCACUUCACCUUCUUGUACCGUCUUGCGCCGCUAGAAUUCGACAUCAGUCGGCCACCGUCCCAACACAACCACCAAGGGCGAUUGCCUGGCGCCCAUGGCGGAAGCUUCAGUGGUACUGGCAACGGCUUUAACGGCAACGGCAAUGGCAACGGCAACGGCGGUGCCAGCGCCGCGGCGCGCGACCUCGACAUUUCCAUCGAGGCCAAGGUGCUUGUCAAACCGGGCGUCUGCACGCCCACGCUCAAAAUGACGUGGGUCACAAGCCUCGACUUUACCCUCCCGGUCAACCCCGGCUUUGGCACCGCCCUCAUGCCCCCGCCAUCCAUCCAGCGCGCCCACCGCCCUUCCCAGCUGUCCAUUGACGGCAUGUCCUCAUUUACUGCGCCGUCGGUCAGCCGUCCCGAUGCGCUCCCCUCACUCGAGGCGGCCGCCACCCACAACACCGCAACGACCAUUCCCGACUUUGGUAUCACCAUGACCUUUACCGCACCCUCGCACAAGGUGUACGCCGGCGAAGAGUUUAGCUGGACCGUAUUUGUUGUGAACCGUGCCUCGCAGAUGCCUCUGACGCCAACGCUGCCCACGAGUGCAACACUCGGCGGCGGUGUCGUGCCCCCUCCGCCCCCGGCGCCCCGCAAGCUGGCUCUGAUUGCUCUGCCCAAACGCCGCCGCAACGAUGUUCGUGUCAUCCGGCCACCCUCUACGGCCGGCGGUCGCCCCCACCCGCGAGUGGGGCCCAAUGGUGCCUUGGAUGACACGGGUACGGUUGUCGAGGCUGUGGCCGACGCCGUACUCGACGAAAACAUUGUGCACGCCAUGCAACGCAGCUCGCUGGUAGACAGUACCGACGUGGUGUGCCUGAGCAGCGCCGACACGCGCGUGGGCCCGCUGGCGCCGAAUGCGUGCUACUCCGUAGACCUGCGGUUCGUGGCGCUCCGGGCGGGUGCGGUAGGCAUCGAGGCGAUCCGCGUUGUUGACCUGGGCUCACAGGAGCACGUUGACGUGCGGGAACUGCCGGUAAUGAUCAUUGCGGAAGGGAAGCGGGGUGAUGAUGAGACGAAUUGA